AUGUCCCUAAAUGACAGCGAGUGUGAGUUUGAGCGCUCUGUGCCGCUGACCCACUGGUGUUAUUCACAAGCACACAGCCCGCAGGAUCCCGAGCAGAGGAAGCAGCACACAGAGGAUGCUGGGAAACGGGUCAGAAGGGUUCCGGGGUCGAGUGGUCAUCUGCACAAGACCGAGGAUGGAGACUGGGAAUGGAGUGAUGACGAAAUGGACGCGAGAAGUGAGGAGGGGAAGGCUGCUGUCAAUCAUGGAAGGUCACGCAGGGUCAAAGAUGAAAACCAGCAUGGUGAAGUGAACGCUAACAGUCUCCCGCUAGAGGACCUGUCCAUUCAGCAUCCCCAGGUUCAACCGUUGGAGAAACCCUCGGGCUCUCAGGGAGCGGUGAACAUGGUCCUGAGGUUAAGGAACUCAAGGAAGGAGUUGAAUGACAUACGGUUUGAAUUCACUCCAGGGCAAGACACUGCUGAUGGAGUUUCUCAGGAGCUCUUCUCUGCUGGUCUGGUCAAUGGCCAUGAUGUUGUUGUGGUGGCUGCUAACCUUCAGAAGAUUGUAGAAGACCCAAUUACCUAUAAAUUAUUGACCUUUAAGUUGGCAUCUGGUUGUGACAGCACAGAGAUCCCAGAUGAGGUGAAGUUGAUUGGCUUCGCCCAGCUGAGCGUCACCUGAUAGCAUCUCAUUACCAGAGCAGAAGGACGGGGAGAGUGAACGCUGCAGGAGACGCCGCUACCGCAUUCAAGACCUCUGCUGCAAAACUCCCACCUCCUGCUCCCAUUCAGGUUUUCCUUCUCCUCCCGAAUCCCCCGCCCUCUGCACCUGUUCAAUCAAACGCAGCACUCUUAUUCAAACACACACACUUUUGCCCUUGUUCCCAGACACUGUAUGCCCUUCACCAAAACAUUCCAGCAGCCAUUUCCCAGAAUUCAAAGCAGGAGCCAUCAUCUCAGGAGGCAAUAGCUAGUGAAACAAAAAGUUAUUAUUUUUUUUAAAUUAUAAUUAUGAUUGUUAUUGUGUUACCUCAUAGCUCUUACCGAAUUAUGAUUAUUACUGAAAAAAAAGCCUUUUAUUUCAUGUAAGUGUAGCGCAGAUCGUAGACCACAAAACUGAAGUGGAGAGGGGAGACUCCCUCUGAAUGUAAAAAGCACAUUUUCAUUCUGAAUGUUAACACAUUCAAACUGUAUUGUACAUAGAAUACAUGAUGUCUAAAAUAAGGGAAUAUUUAGUUGUUUUAGUUCCAGCUCAAAGAGUAUAAGAGCGGAGACCCGAAUGCUGCCAUGUGCACACAUGCUGCUUUCUUUUUUCGGGACAGUGUUGAUGCUUCGACGCUAGAGGUGCCUUGUUAAUUUUAAUCCGUGCCUAAGAGACGUAGGUUACAGGCUUGAAGCUGUUCGGCUGACACCGAACAGGAAGAACGCUGCUCGUCAGCAGAUUCGCUCAUAGUAUUCUCACCGGUCAGUGGCUCGUGUUGAAGUUACCAGCUGAUGCACUUUGAUUUCAUGCGGUGCGAUGUACAUGCACCUGUGACGCUUACCCAAUAACUAUCCAUGUUUAACCCGUUAAAGCUGACAAACAAGGUCAUUGCUACCACAACGCACACCUUAAUCCUGAUAUAUCAUAUUCACCAGACGGCCGAUGGUUACGCGUCAUUUUUACAGCACUCGAAUGUGUUUGUUUUUGAGCCCAGAAUGCAUCUGUCUGUCAGUGAACAAGAGGUAUUUUGUAAAGGAAACCAAAUGUCUACUACUGAAUGACAGAAAAGCCAUCUGUGUGUCCAAAACCAGUAUAGUAGCUUGAAUUAAAUGAUUCUGUUCUCAGCCCAAAUGUAAAUAAAUAUUAAAUCAUUUAUUAUUAUGAUUAAGUUGAAUUGUGUUUUCUAUAUACCAUGCGUGUUCCCU